GCAGCAUGAACAACACACGGACAACAUUUCCACCAUCAUCCAUGCAUUUUCCAUGAAACCCUCACUUCACGGGCUCAACUCCACGCUCCUCCGCCACGCCGCCAUCCAGAUCGCCGAUCACAACCUCAACCAAGACAUCCAGAAGCUCCUCGAUGGUAACUUCGCCAGCCAGCUCCGCCUCCGGACCUUCAUCUCGUGGCGGCGGAUCAUCCAUCACGACGUCGCCAGCGCCGGAGACAGAUCCUCCUCCCGGAGCACCAUUCCGGCGACGCUCCGUUCCCCUCUGUUCUACCGUUACUGGCUCGAUUUCCGUAAGGUCCUGAACGAUUGGGCGAGGAAAAAGCGAUUCCAAGCAAAUAUCAUGGAUGAGCUGAUUCGGUUGGUGAAAGUCCCCAUUGACAAGAAAAACGGUAUCUUGGAUGGGAAUUUACGAAAAUACGGUUCUUGUGCGGUUGUGGGGAACAGCGGGAUCCUGUUGAAGAGUGAUUAUGGUAGGUUGAUUGAUUCGCACGAUGCAGUGAUAAGGCUGAACAAUGCGAGGGUGAAUAACUUUGAGAACAAGGUUGGGAAGAAGACAACAAUAUCAUUUGUGAAUAGCAACAUUGUGCACCUCUGUGCCAGAAGAGUUGGAUGCUACUGCCACCCUUAUGGGCCUCACAUCCCCAUUGUUAUGUAUAUUUGUCAGGCCAUCCACUUUCUGGAUUUCACUGUCUGCAAUGCUUCCCACAAGGCUCCCCUCUUGGUAACUGAUCCCAGGUUUGAUGUCUUGUGCGCAAGGAUUGUCAAGUAUUAUUCAUUGAAGAGGUUUGUGGAGGAAAGUGGCAAGACCUUGGACGAGUGGGGGAGUGCCCAUGAUGGGGCUCUCUUCCAUUACUCCUCUGGAUUGCAGGCCGUCAUGCUUGCUCUGGGCAUUUGUGACAAAGUUAGCAUCUUUGGAUUUGGUAAAUCAGCUUCUGCCAAACACCAUUAUCAUACCAACCAGAAGGCUGAGCUCCAUUUGCACGAUUACGAGGCUGAGUAUCAGUUCUACCGCGACCUUGUCGAUCGCCACAACCCUAUACCAUUCCUCUCAGACAACUUCAACAUCCCCCCUGUUGUUUUAUAUCACUGACUCUUGCCUAUCAUGUUUUCCAUCUUUAUCGUGACUGAAAUUCUUAGUUAGAUGCGUAGAUAGCGAG